AUGCGAAACACAAUAGCUGAACUUCCACCAGCAACCGCUCCUAUAAAUGGUAAUAAAUCUAAUCUAUGGGAUAUGGUAGUUGAUGGCUACAUAAACCCUGUAGAUGCAAGUGUCAAUAAAGUAGAAAGAAGAGUGAUGACGGAACAACAGAAAAGAGAUUAUAAAAAUCAUCACAAAGAUAGAACUAUCUUGUUGAACGCAAUUUCAUACACUGAGUAUGAAAGUAUCACCAACAAAUAUACUACAAAGUCCAUAUUUAAUUCUCAGAGGAUGAAUUAUGAAGGGAAGGCACAAGUCAAAGAAACCAAGGCUCUUGCCUUGAUUAAGAAAUAUGAAGCGUUCAAGAUGGAAGACGAGGAAACUAUUGAGAACAUGUUCUCAAGAAGUCAUGAAAUUGAGAUUCAGGAAGAUGAGCCCAAGAGAAAGAGAAAAUUUGUUACUCUGAAGUCUUCGGGAAGGUUUGGAAAGAUAAAAGUUCUUCAAGCAAAAACAUAUGAAGAUUAUGAAGAGGAAUCAAAAGAAGAAGAUGAAUUGUCUCUUCUCUCCAGACAUGUUAAUCAACUCUGGAAGAAAAGGCAAGGAAAAUUCAGAGGACAAAGAAGGAAAGGUGGUCAUUUUGAGUGUAUUUAUGGAUUCAAGAAAGCUGAAGCCAACAAAGAUCUUACUUUCUUUGAAUUCAAGGAACCUGGCCACUUCAAUAAUGAAUAUCCCAAGUUAAAGAAAGAAAGACCUAAGAAUAACUUCAGAGGAAAGAAGAAGGGUUUGAUGGCUACAUGGGAUGAUUCAAAAUCCUUAGGAGACGACUUUGAGGAAGAGCAGGCUAAUAUGGCACUGAUGGCUUGCACAAAAGCUCCUAUUGAGACGAUUCAAUUAGAAUCAGAAUCUGAGUCAGAUUCUGAAGAGAUAUUUACUGAACUCACUCGCUCUGAACUUGAAUCUAGUUUAUCAGAAGUUUUGGACAAGUAUCAGAAGAUUUUGGAAAAAUACAAGGAUCUGAAGAAGAUUCAUUUAUCUGAGUCAGAAACGCACUGUAAGCUUAAGAAAGAUUUCUCAAGUUUGAGUGAAGAAAAAUUUAUUUUGAAAAACAACAACUAUGUACCUCAUAGCAAGAGUCUCAAAUCCGAGAAGAAAAAUAUUUCAAAAUCCUCUACAGGUUCUGGUGAUAUCAUAAAGAAAUAUGAUAAGUCCUUCUAG